AUGUCCAACACGCGCUACCUUCCACAUGCAUAUCAACAAUACGAAGCAGCUUUACGAUACUCAUCCGCCGCGCUUUCAGAAAUUUCUCCGUCAAAUUGCAAUGCCCUCUACGCGUGUGCCGCCCUUGGAUUCAUUUUUGAACUUGGAAGUACUCACGACUCGAAAAGUCUUCUCUACGCCUCUGAUGGAGCUCUCGCGCCUUGGUUUAUCCACGUCCGUGGCGUGAGGACGAUUAUCCAUUCAUCCUGGCAUCAUCUGGAGUCCGGUGCUUUGAAGCCAAUCUUCCGUCGUCAGUUUCAAAAUGGGAACGUGGCAGGGCUCGAACAGAACUUACACGGGUUCAUGGAGCAUAUACGGUCCACCGAGCCUGAAGACGAGGCUUUCUCCGUAUAUUAUCCAGGAAUCGACCCCGAACAAUGGCGCUUAGCAACCCGCAAAGCCGAUGCGUUCAUCGCAGAAUUGAAAAUCACCGAAAAGGCCGCAUUACUCACUGGCAACCUCAGUGACCUUGCAUGUGGCGGCGUCAUCAAUGCUAUCCCGCGUCUCAACUUCUCUGGCCUCUGUCUGCAAGAUGGACCAUCUGGUAUCCGCACAGCAGAUCUAGCAAGCGUCUUCUCAGCUGGCGUCUCAAUUGGAGCAACCUGGGAUCCAGAGUUAAUGUAUGAGAGGGGACGGGCAAUGGGCCGGGAGUUUCGGGGAAAGGGAGCCCAUGUGCUAUUGGGACCUGUUACAGGCCCCCUAGGACGCAACCCCCUCGGAGGCAGGAAUUGGGAAGGUUUCUCAGUUGACCCGUAUCUCGCCGGUAUCGCAGCCAGCGCCACCGUGCGUGGAAUCCAGGAUAGCGGCGUACAAGCCUGUGCAAAACACUUUAUUGGAAACGAGCAGGAGACACAGCGAUCAGACGGGUUUAUCAACGGCGUACAUGUUGACGCUGUUUCAUCCAAUAUCGACAACCGGACACUCCGUGAACUAUAUGCGUGGCCAUUCGCCGACGCUGUGCGCGCAGGGACAGCAUCAAUAAUGUGCUCCUACAACCGGCUCAACAAUAUUUACGCCUGCGAAAAUAACGAAGCCCUCAAUGGGAUGCUGAAAGAUGAGCUUGGCUUCCAAGGAUAUGUUAUGUCUGACUGGUUCGCGACUCACUCUGGUGCAAAGGCCAUCAAUGCAGGCCUGGACAUGUCUAUGCCCGGUCCUAUCAGUCAGUACGAUCCUACAAGCUCUUACUUUGGUGCGAACCUUGUCAACGCAGUUGAAUCCGGUGAUGUCUCAGCGGAAAGACUUAACGACAUGGUUCGCCGGCUCCCUGCCGAUAUGUCCAUCCCACCCUCACGAGACGUGCGGGCGAAUCAUGGCAAACUAAUUCGCAAGCAUGGCGCGGCUGGUACAGUGCUCCUCAAGAACACAAAUAACACACUCCCCCUCAAAUCCCCCCGCAUCAUCGCCGUCUUUGGCAAUGAUGCCGAGGAUAUCUCUCGCGGCUCUGCCGUCCCACUAGGCCCAGCAUAUGCGCCACCGCAGGGCGUCGAAAUGGGCGUGCAAGCUAUGGGCGGGGGUUCCGGGUCUGGUCGUCUGUCGUACCUCGUCUCACCCCUCGACGCGCUCAGGUCACGCGCCGCGAGCUCCGACAACAACAUGCGAAUCCAGUAUGUCACGGACAAUAGUGUUGUCGCGAACGCCGACUUCAGCGGCAUCUAUCCCUUCCCCGACAUCUGCCUCGUAUUCCUUAAGAGCUACGCUACAGAAACCAUCGACCGCUCUAGCUUCGAGGCAGAUUGGAAUUCCACCGCCGUCGUCAACGCUGUGGCCUCUUACUGCCCAAGCAGAAAGACAGUCGUGAUCACACACUCGGCGGGUAUAAACACCAUGCCCUGGGCCGAGAACCCCAACGUAACUGCCAUCCUGGCUGCUCAUUACCCUGGCCAGGAGGCGGGCAACUCCAUUGUGGACAUUCUCUUUGGUGAUGUGAAUCCCUCGGGGCACCUCCCAUAUACAAUCGCGCAAAACGAGGCGGAUUAUCCCACCGCGUUGUUCAAUGUCACCGACCCGGCACAGGCGACGAAUUCUGCUGCUUGGCAGUCGAACUUCUCUGAGGGGCUGCUGAUUGAUUAUCGUCAUUUCGAUGCCAAUGAUAUCACGCCACUUUAUGAGUUCGGAUUUGGGUUGAGUUAUACUAGCUUUGAUCUGGCAAGGGAGUUAGAAGUAUAG